GCGGCUGGGGCCCAGAAGAGGAUGGUGAACCCUUGGAACAAACUCCCAAGGAAAGUAGUGGAUUCUCCAUUUGAACUCCAGAUUCGAUGUCUUUCUGGAAGAUGCUUUAGUCAAACACAAGUGAUUGGACUCAAUACAAAAGGAUCUGAAUCACCUCCAGCUCUCUGCGUGCUGUUCCCUGGCUCUGAAAAUGCCUCUGUCCAUCCCCCACCUAGUCUGCCAGUGCUGCUUUUGGUGCAGAAGUGCUACACAACGGGCAUUUUCCACCACACUCUCAAACUGGUCUGUCCACAGCAAUUACUAUGACCUGCUGGGAAUCAAACAAGACGCCACCUUGGAAGAGAUCAAGCAAGCCUUCUUCACCAAGUCAAAGAAGGUGCAUCCCGACAGUGACCCCAACAACCCUGACCUGCACAGCCAGUUCAUCCGGCUGAACCAGGCCUACCAGGUGCUGAGCAAGGAGGGCAGUAGGAGGCUCUAUGACAGCCAGCAGGCCUGGCACGCAGCCUGGCCCACCACGGGCAGCAGCCCCAAGCACAGCCCCUCUGACUUCACAAACCAGGGACCCAGGCCUAGUACCAGCAGCCGAGGGCCUGACGAGAACAUGCGCUACUGGGAGCAGUUCCGUACUCACCACUCCGAGACCUUCUCAGGCACACAGGCCAAGCAGAGGCAACGCUGGAACCGGCAGUUCUUCGGCUACUGUCUCCUCCUCAUGCUGGCCAGCAUGGCCGCCCACUAUGUGGCCUACAGGAAGCUGGAGGAGGUGCACAACAGCUUCAUGGACAAGAAGGACAAGCUCAUAACCAGCAUCUACAAUGAAUCUAAGGAGCGGGCCAGGGCCAAUGGCUUCCAGAAGCAGCAGGAGCUCCUGCGCCAGAAACAUGCUGAGUUCACAGAGCGCUACCGCAUCCGGCCCAGUGGGGACAGUGCCCAGAAGUGACAGGCACUCUGGACACUAAAUGGGGGGGACUGGGUGUCACGGAUGCUGUAUGGGGAACACCUCACACACACACACUUGUGCCCUCCCUUCAAUAAAUCACUGCCCAUG